AUGAGAGUAGCCAUUCAGCUAAGACUCAAUGCAAAAAAAGCUACUGGUACCAGCACCGGAAAGGGUGGGGCUGAAGGAACACAAAACCGGAAGCAAUAUUUUGAUGAUGAUCUUUUAGGGCGGAAGAAAUGCAUCCAAGACACAACAGCCAAUAAAGCCCAGAAACUCAGUCAUCGGAGGCGGUUUAGCUUUGGUACUCAUAUUACGAUUCAGGCUGUGUUCAUCGCCGAACUCUCCUUUUUAUCCGGGAAAUUUAUCGAGAGCUUACAAUGCUGA